CGCCCUUAGUAUCAACUGCGACGCCUCGCGACGUACACGUCUGCGGCUGUACAAAUAAAAAAAAUAUAUUGCUACUGCUACUGGCUAAUAACAAAUGUGAAUUAAAAAUAAACGCAAUUCAAAUAUCAUUCGCAAUUCUACGUUUCUAAAUAUUUUACAUGCUAAUGAGAGCGAUAAUUAAUCAAAAAUCGCGAGACACUGUCAACAACGCAACGUUUGCAUUCUCAACUUAAUAUUUAAGAAAAGAUUCGUUUCUUUGUGUGAGUCAAGAACUAUCGUGAUUUUUCUUGCUUACCUAUUUCAUCGUCUUAAAAAUAUACAGUGAAUUUUGAACAAUUGUACUUAAUCACUACUAAUCUCAUAGUUGCAACUUAACUGUAACUUGAUAGUGUAUCAGUGAUUGAGCAGUAGUUAAAAGAAUUGACCGCGGUGCAACAAGUGACCGAAAAAACGACACUAGAUAUGAUUUUGUACGAUCUGCAACUGGAGGCGGGCGCCGGCGAAGGCCCGGGGCCUCCAGUGAACAAUAACUCGGAGGGCGCAGUCGCCAGCCCUCCGAGGGACGACAACCACAACCCUCCGCAGCCGCCGCCCUCGCCGAGACGACCAUUCUAUACUUCUGAAGCCCUGAAGCUGUACGGAGACAGACUGACGGAAUGGGAGAGGAACGAGAUCCGGAAGUACCCCGAGAUCUGGUUCCUGGGGCUGGAUGCCAACAAGAUUCAGGCCAAAUCCAACUUGCCCAACAACUGCGGGUUCGAUGAUGACAACGGUAGUUAUAAUAAGCAAAUCCACGACCACAUAGCAUACCGGUACGAGAUCCUCGAAGUUAUCGGCAAGGGUUCCUUCGGACAAGUCAUCAGGGCGCUCGACCACCGCACCGGCAACCAGGUUGCCAUCAAGAUCAUCCGCAACAAGAAGCGGUUCCACCACCAGGCCCUGGUCGAGGUCAGGGUGUUGGACCAUCUGAGGCUGAAGGACAAGGACCAAUCGCACAACGUUAUACACAUGCUGGACUACUUCUACUUUAGGAACCAUUUGUGUAUAAGCUUUGAGUUGAUGAGCAUUAAUCUAUACGAGCUGAUAAAGAAGAACAACUACCAAGGCUUCAGCUUGAGCCUCAUUAGACGGUUCGCCAGCUCCUUGCUGCGCUGUCUCCGACUCUUGGAAGCUGAGAACAUCAUACACUGUGACUUGAAACCGGAGAACAUCCUACUGAAAGCCAGAGGAAGCUCGUCUAUCAAGGUGAUAGACUUCGGCAGUUCGUGUUACACACACGCGCGGGUGUACACCUACAUCCAGUCGCGGUUCUACCGGAGCCCUGAGGUCAUCCUCGGGCUGCAAUAUGGCGUCGCCAUCGACAUGUGGAGCAUGGGAUGCAUCCUUGCGGAACUCCACACAGGCUAUCCCCUAUUCCCUGGAGAAAACGAAGCGGAACAACUCGCCUGCAUCAUGGAACUGCUAGGGCCGCCCCCUCCAGAUCUCCUCAUACAUGCCACGAGAAAACGGCUAUUCUUUGAUUCGAAAGGCGCUCCCAGAAGUGUGACAAAUUCGAAAGGCCGCAAGCGAAGACCUGCGUCGAGAACGCUGGCAGCAGCUGUCAGGACGGAUGAUCCAGCUUUCUUACACUUCCUGCAUAGAUGUUUAGAAUGGGACCCAAAGCGUCGCAUCACACCAACGGAGGCGACCCGUCACGAAUUCGUCACCGGCUGCGCCCUGGGCAGCACUCCGUCGGGGGUGCUCGCGUUACCCCGCCUCGCGCCCCCCCGACCCACCCGAGGGGCGCUGCUCCACUCGCAGUCAGCUGGCGACGUGGCGGCCAUGUUGGGGCGCGCGUGACCAAGGGACUCCUGAGUGAGGGUCGGCUCCGGAGGCCCAUUGUAGUGGUGUUCCGUACUUCAUUUGCUAGGUAUUGCACACAUUGAUACAGUGAUACUUCACUACUUCUCAAGUUUAGCUUUACUAGUAUUCUAUCUGCGUCUGAUU